AUGAUAGUCAAAAAAUUUAAUCAAAAGGAAAAAAAGAAAGUCGUUUGUCCUCAAGCUGGAGCUGUGCUAGAACGCGCGCUUAGAAUGUCUUGCAGCAUCAGAAGAAAAGAAAUAAAAGAAAUAACAAAACAAAAUCUCAUAAAUAAAAAGAAUUUAUGUAGCUCUUCCAAUAGUAUCGACAAUGCUGGGACAACUGUGAAGAUGCUCACAAUCAGCCAUGCUAUGUUGAUUCUGAGAAAAAGAAUUUUUAGCUCAUCAAGCGAAGAGUUCAGAGACUCACCUUUUCUUACAGUACAAUGGAGAUAUUCAAUGGACAACGAAUAUUGA